AAAAAAAAAGAUUUGUAAGAUCUUUCUUUCUUUCUAUUCUAAUUCUGCUCAACAAAUGAGCCCAAUAGCCCAUAAAUAUUUUACAUUUUGACUAACGUCCCAACUCAAAUUCUGCUUAACAAGCUUUCCACUGUCUCCCACUGUUGGACUCUUCGCCGUUAUCAAGGUAUUUCAAUCUCUUCUCUGCUUCAGUAUACAACCCUAUCAUAUAUACUUCUAUCAGGUUCAGGACCUAGCUAGAAUUAUGCAAUCAUCAGGAGGCUCUACCCUUGCUGUGGAGAAGCCCAUUUUUAACCCGUUACGCCCGAACGAGGUGUCAGGUGGGGAAGUCCAGUUCCGUAAGAUUUCUGUUCCAUCCCACCGCAUUAAGCCUCUUAAGGAUGCAUGGUAUGAUGCAAACAAUGAGAAGGAGAGCAUUUACUAUCAAGCCUUCAGUGAGAUGAAGAUCGACAUCCGUAUGAAUCUCAAGACUCGUAAGGUUGAGCUUAAGACGCGCCAUGACACGCCUGAUAUCAGCCACUUGCAGAAGUGUGCAGAUUUCAUUCAUGCUUUCAUCUUAGGCUUUGAUCUUAAAGAUGCAAUGGCACUGUUGCGGCUGGAUGAGGUCUAUGUGGACACUUUUGAGAUUAAGGACGUGAAGACCCUGAGAGGAGAGCACAUGUCCCGUGCUAUAGGGAGGUUGUGUGGUAAAGGUGGGGAUACAAAGUUUGCUAUAGAGAACGCUACGUCAACCAGAAUUGUCAUCGCGGACACCAAAAUCCACAUUUUGGGAGCCUUCUUGAAUAUAAAAGUCGCAAGGGAUGCACUUUGCCAUCUCAUUUUAGGGUCUCCUGCGGGGAAGGUAUACUCUAAGCUCAGAGCUGUUACAUCCCGGCUUGGAGAAAGGCUCUAGCCAGGGCCAUUUUUUGACAUGUUCAAAAGGUCAUUUGGAACAGGGGCCACCAAAAUUGGGUGCCCCAAUUUUUUUAAUAUUAGUAUUAUAAUAUAGUUAUAUUAUAUAGUAUUAAUAGGCAGUUAUUUAAAAUCAUGUUUUUUCUAUAUGAACACUUGAACACAAUUAAUUUUGUUGAACUAUGUGAGUUUGUUAUUAUAUGUAAGUUUAUUUUUAUUCUUA